CGGAAUACCAUCAGAAGGGUGCGGUUCUAUCCAAAAUGACAUCGCCGUAUGCCAAUGGAAAGUGGAAAUAGGAUUUAUCUUCAUCAUUUUGAGAUGUACUCAACGAGAUCCCGGUCUGGAAACGCGUCCCAUCGCUGUUCUAUGUCUUCAUCGGCAGAUUUAUCCGAUGAUGAAGAAUACAGCGUGAAAUCCGGCUGUGUGUCGCCGGCACCGGGGGACACGUUACCGUGGAAUUUACCCAGACACGAGCGCUCAAAGCGGAAGAUCCAGGGAGGAUCCGUGCUGGAUCCAGCCGAGAGAGCUGUGCUCAGAAUUGCGGAUGAAAGAGACAGAGUCCAGAAAAAGACUUUUACAAAAUGGAUAAAUCAGCACCUGUUAAAGGUACGAAAGCAUGUGAAUGACUUGUAUGAGGAUUUGCGAGAUGGACAUAACCUGAUUUCUCUUCUGGAGGUGUUGUCUGGUGAGACACUGCCGCGGGAGAAGGGCCGCAUGCGCUUCCAUAGACUCCAGAAUGUGCAGAUUGCACUGGACUACUUAAAAAGGCGGCAGGUGAAACUAGUGAAUAUCAGAAAUGAUGACAUCACGGAUGGCAACCCAAAACUGACAUUGGGUUUAAUAUGGACCAUAAUUCUGCACUUUCAAAUCUCAGACAUCCAUGUGACAGGAGAGUCUGAGGACAUGACGGCUAAAGAGAGACUGCUGCUGUGGUCCCAGCAGAUGACUGAAGGCUAUGUAGGGGUCCGCUGUGACAAUUUCACUACCUCCUGGAGGGAUGGGCGACUGUUCAACGCUAUUAUUCAUAAGUACAGGCCUGAUCUGGUGGAUAUGAGCCAAGUAUCAACACAGAGCAGCAGAUCGAACUUAGAACAAGCGUUCUGUGUGGCCGAGCAGCUUGGUGUGGCACGACUACUCGACCCAGAGGAUGUGGACGUGUCUUCUCCGGAUGAGAAGUCAGUCAUUACUUACAUAUCAACGUUAUACGAUGUCUUCCCCAAAGCACCGGAUGGUAUGGAGGGUGUCAAUGCAAAUGAUGUGGAUAUUAAAUGGGUGGAAUAUCAGAACAUGGUGAAGUACCUCAGCCAGUGGAUCAAACACAAUGUGACUGUGAUGUCAGACAGAACUUUUCCCAGCAGUCCUGUGGAACUAAAGGCACUUUAUACACAAUAUCUACAGUUUAAAGAGGAUGAAAUACCAGCGAAAGAGAAUGACAAGGCCAAAAUCAAACAUCUCUACAAAAUGCUAGAGAUGUGGAUAGAGUUUGGUCGCAUCCAGCUCCCUCAAGGUUGUCAUCCUAAUGAUGUGGAGAAGGAAUGGGGCAAACUGAUCGUGGCCAUGCUGGAGAGAGAGAAGAGCCUGAGGCUUGAGCUGGACAGACUUGAAAUGCUGCAGCAAAUUGCAAACAGAGUCCAGCGAGACUGCAUUGCCGGAGAGGACAAAUUAGCCUUAGCGCGGAACGCUCUGCAGUCGGAUGCCAAACGGUUGGAAUCUGGAAUCCAGUUUCAGAAUGAAGCAGAGAUCGCUGGUUUUCUGCUGGAGUGUGAGAAUUUAUUGAGGCAGCAGGUGGUGGAUAUUCAGCUUUUACUGGACGGCAAAUUCUACUUGGCUGAUCAGCUUGUUCAAAGGGUAUCUCAACUGCGUGAUGACCUGUUGGCUCUGAGAACGGAGUGUUCCUCUGUGUACAGUAAAGGACGAAGGCUGACCACAGAACAGACCAAGAUGGUGAUUUCUGGCAUCACGCAGAGUCUGAACUCUGGCUUUUCUCAAAACUACUCUGCUGGAUUGUCCCCUGCCCUCACCCCAGGACUCACUCCCAGAGGUCUGGCCACUUUGGGGGACAGCAACACCCCUGCACUGACCCCGGCCAUGACUCCCAGCAUGCAGCCCACAUCAGUCCAGCCCUAUCUCACCGGUAGAGGUGGAGGAGGUGUGGAGUCCGGUGUGCUUCAGCAGCUCAAACACAUGCAGAUCCGCAAGCCCAUGCUCAAGUCAUCGUUCGUGGAUCCCAACUUGACUGAGGACGAGGUUAAUGUGAAGUUUGUACAGGAUCUGCUUAGCUGGGUUGAAGACAUGCAGGCUCAGCUAGAUCAAGCAGAAUGGGGAUCCGAUCUGCCGAGUGUUGAGUCAAAUUUAGCGAAUCAUAAAGACAUGCACAAAGCCAUCGAAGAAUUCCAGAUGAGCGUUAAAGAAGCCAGACUGAGUGAGAUUCAGAUGGUCCAGCCAUUGAAGCAGAGUUACUCUGAGAAGUUGAACAUGCUAGAGAGCAAGUACACAAGGCUGCUGAAAUGCUCUAGCGAGAGGCAGAAUCAUCUGGACAGCUUGUAUGACUUUGUAUCACGCGCAACUCAGGAGUUGAUCUGGCUCAAUGAGAAGGAAGAAGAGGAAGUGGCUUUCGACUGGAGCGAGCGAACCGGUAACAUUUCCAGAAAGAGAGAUUACCAUGCAGAUCUCAUGAGAGAACUGGAUGAUAAGGAGGUGGUGAUCAAGUCCAUCCAUGAGAAGGCCGAGACCCUGCUACUGGAGAACCAUCCUGCCAGACUCACCAUAGAGGCAUACAAAGCAGCCAUGCAAACCCAAUGGAGCUGGAUUCUGCAGCUUUGCCACUGUGUGGAGCAACACCUGAAAGAGAACACUGUUUACUUUGAUUUUUUCAAGGAUACCAAAGAGUCGUUGGAUUACCUCAAGAGCCUCCAAGAUGCCAUCCACAGAAAGUAUAGCUGUGACCGAAGCAGCAGUUUGCAUCGGCUGGAGGAUCUAAUUCAAGAGUCCAUGGAUGAGAAAGAGCAGCUCCUGAAAUACAGCAGCACUGUGGGCGGGUUAGUGGGCAGAGCGAAGUCUGUCAUUCAGCUCAAACCUCGCAACCCAGAGAAUCCUGUCAGAACAUCCAUACAUGUCAAAGCCAUCUGUGACUACCGCCAGAUAGAGAUCACCAUUGGUAAAGAAGAUGAGUGUGUCCUGGUGAGUAAUUCUCACAGAGCCAAGUGGAAAGUCAUCAGUCCAUCAGGAAAUGAGGCUAUGGUGCCUUCAGUCUGCUUCAGUGUGCCACCACCUAAUAAAGAGGCAAUUGAAAUGGCAAGCAGGUGA